AGAGGCUGGCCUCAGUCGCCCGCGACAUUCGGUCCGCGAUACGAUUCGGUGUAAUCUCCGUGUAGCUGGACUCGAGCGAGCAGUGUGCCGGUAUCGGCGGCGAGGACGCGCGCGCGUUUCGUUCGUUUUCGAGGAAAGUGAGCGUCGGAAAGGAAAACGGUAAUCACGUCGAUUCGAUCGUACAUCGAAAUCGAAUCGGGCGUUUAGAGGCUCGAGUAGCCGGAUCGAAUUGUUGCGAACGAGUGACAGGAAAGAUAGCAAACGCGCGAUGGACGCGGAGACGGUAUUCGAAGCAAGAAGGCGUGAGACGUGAGCAGGAUCGUUGCGUCGCGAAUCGUAGAAGGUUUCCCAUUAGGAGGACAUUGUUGCGGAAUCGAGCGAACUGGAACGUGGCCAAAAGCAAGCGUCAUACGGGACGUUUCGAUAUUCCCUGUUUCAUCGGGUCACGCGCGAUUUGUACCACGUGGUUCGACUGUGAUCCCAUCACCGUUACGUUGAUUCUCGAAGCUCGGACACUAAUAACCGCCUUUGGCGAUCUAUCCGCGCUGCCAUUGCCAGCGAAACACGGCCGAUCAUUAAUGUCUCGAUCGGGACACCGGUCGGUCGCGGAUCUCAGUGAGACGAAGUGCCACUGCGCUUUGAUCGCGAUGCAUCGUUGAAUAAAACGAACCGUGUGGUUUUCCAGCGACGAACAGACCAAGCUCGGAAUCGCGAUCGUGAGAAUCGUGAGGAUCGCGUGUCGCUAGGAUAAUGUAAGGUGCUCCGAGGAAUACGGUUCCGAAGACGAAAUGACGCGCGACAGGAGGCUGCUGUUACUCGUGAUCCUUCUGAUGGCAUACGGUCUGUUCGCGAUCGAGGCUAGGCAUCGUCCCCACGAAAACACUGCUAACGACGACAAGCACAGACACAGGCACAGACACGAGUCAUUCAAUGGGAGGAGAAAUCGCCAUGACCUGGCCGACAGACGAUCAUCGCCUUGGUCGCAGGAACUCGACUACGAGGAUGGCUCGUUGGUCGACCGAGAGGAUCAAAAGGACGAGGAGGACGAUGAUUACGAUGUUCGCCCCUAUUACGAGAGAUCCUAUCCUCGGACCUCGAGGAUUGCCGUUCACAGCCGGAUGUUCGAACCGCGUUACCAGACUAGGUAUCAUCGAGGCGGUUAUCGCGGAACCGGCUGGUACGAGGAGGACGAACAGAAACGCAGAGGUUCUUCUCGAUACGCCGGUCGAAGCUACAGAAUGAGAUUCGAGAGGACCCACCACAGGCUCGACUAUCCGAGGAAUCGCGCCUGGGACUACGAUUCGGCUGAAGACGGAUUCGAUUACGAGAAACCGCGGGCGUACAAUGAAAACAGCCCCGACGGGCAUCGUCCUUGGUGGAAAAAUGGGAGGAAACACAGAGUCGGUAUCUUUAGACACGACUGGCGCCUCGACGGUAGGAAGAGACAUCGCUCCGGCGACUCGGAACCAUCGAGGAGAUUAGACGAUUGGAGGAGGUCGAACUUCAGCGAGUCUAAGCCCUCCCACUCUAAGACCGACAGGAGGAGGAUCGACAGCUUCGAGGAUUACGAAUAUCACGUGGACGAAUUUGACGACGCGGAGAACGACGAAGACGACGCCUCGAAGGAGACGGAGGAUGAGGAUCUGGACGAAGACGAGCUGGACAACGAUUUCUAUAGAAGCGAGAAGAAACCGCCGCUGAAAACUUACGACGACAUCAUCAGAAGGUUGACGUCCGAUGAUCCAACGACUCCCAGACUCACGGUCAAGAGAGACUACAGAAACAUCGAGAUGGAUAGAUACGCGAAGAGCGACGGCUUCGGGAAUUUCAGAUACGAGCCGAAAAAUCUCACCAGGCCGCUGGAUCGCGAUCGUGGAAAGAUCGCCGGCCUUCCCUACGUUAACUCCGCCUCUGGUCAUCGGUCUCCGAGGAAGUUCGACGAGAAUUUACCCGGCAAACUGUCGAGUUCGUUGGUCGAGCGUAAAUCGUCGAAGAACGCCAGCAGCCUCGUGACGAAGAGCUUCGAUCAGCCAGCGAACAAAGCCGGCUCGAAGAUCGACGAUACUCAGCCGAAGACCAAGAGUCUCGAGCAGGAUUACGACGAGUAUCUGAAUACUUCGGACAACGAGAAGGAGGAGGAUCUCAUCAAGGCUGGAGUCGAGGAAGACACGGACAUGCAGGCAGACGUUACUAAUACGGACUACGCCGAGGACGAGGACGAAAACGAAACUCCGGCCACGACCACCUCGUCAACGACGACCACCACCACCACGACCACCACGACUACCACUACCACCACACCAAAGCCUGUGGUUACCCAGAAUUACGAUUACCGGGAUCCGAGAACGUAUGAGGGUGGGACAGGGGCGCAGUACAACGGCUACCAAUCGAAAAGUGACUACCCGUCGAUGUCGGCGCACAGCGUUCACAAGUGGCAGUCUCUGGGUACUCGAGAGAGCGUCAAAGAAACCAGAAGCAACAUGCAGCAAUACAAUAAGAAUGGGAAGACGGCGGAAAUCCGAGAGGCUCUUCAACACGCGAUGAAGGUAUCGCGAGAGGGCAGCUGCCGAUGGCCACGACCGAGGGUGAUUCCGGUUCGUGACGUUUACCCAAGCCCGUCGACCACCUACAUUCCACACUGCGCCAUCUUGCACAGGUGCUCAGACGACACCGGAUGCUGCAGAUCGGAAGCGCUCACCUGCGUGCCUAAGCUCUCGCACCGCGUCGAGCUCUCCUUCUAUAUCAUGUUUCGGCGUUAUUCGGAUUCGAACCCUGCAAGAUGGGAUAAGAGACUAGGUACGCCACUGCAGCGCAAAAUUUAUGAUCACGAUUUCUCGGCCAGGCUAUUCGUCAGGGACGAUCGCGAAUCUCAAUCCUGGCGUAGCGUCUUGACAGAGUACGUCGGAGAGGAAGGAAGACAGCCUACGAGCACAGUUCGUAUUACAGAGACCCCGGCAAGAUCUUCGCGUUUUGUCAACUGGAAAGGAACCGACCGAAGCAAUUUGUCCUCCACGACGAACGUGGGCGGCAGCAGCGUAGUGGAAAAGCUAUCGUUCUACAACCACACGGAAUGCGAGUGUCGAGAGAGAACCGAAUACGACACGAGCAACGAGAAACCCUCCGAACAGAGAGUCUACAGGCAUCAUCAGUCCUCCCCGCAACCUCAGAACAUGAGAAGGGCACAGCCGAGAAAGCCGUGCCGGUGUCCUUCGGAAUUCACACCGAGGAUGACGCUCGAAGGCGUCUGCCAGUGCACCUGCUUCGAAACUGACCAGAACUGUAUCAAGAUCAAGCGAGGAAAAGGAUUCUUCUCUCUUCGCGAUAGAUUAUGCAUUCAAAAUGAGGAGUGCGCGAUGCCAAUCUGCGAGUUUGGUGAAUAUAUGGGGCGACGAGGCAAGUGUCCUCGGAAACAAGACAAAUUCGAUGCGAUUGCCAAUUACCACACGAACUUUAACCACCGAUUCAGGAGCUAGAGAAGCGGGAGAGGAAAGAGAGCAAGUGUUAAUGAAGAAGAAACUGAGGAGGAAGAAGAAGAACGAACAAGUCAAAAGUGCGUGGAACGCGCGCGACGUACAUGAAACGAACGGUGCCAUCUUUUCCGAGUACCUUUGCGUAAGACUCGAUAUAUGUAUACAUAUGUACCCCUCGAAGCAGUUAUAUAUAAAUGUAUCCUGCUAUUUUCGCCGUCAACCUUGUCACUAUAUUUUGUCCUUUUUUUUCUAUCGUUGCGAAUGGAGAAAAGUUCGAAUCGGUGAUUGCGUGCAGUGAUUAGACACAUAACGAAGCGCUACUAUAGUCGAACGUGAUUAUUCGUAUCAUAUACGUUUCGAUAUUAAUCGCCCUUUGAUUCGUCUCGAACAGCAAAGUUUGGAUAUUAGUAAAAAUAGAAAAGCUUCUUGUGUAAUCAGUUUAAAAUAUAGGUCGUUAUACUCGAAUCUUGAUCCAAACACUGUUCAAAGAUCGAGGGGCACGAAUAUUUUGAUCUUGUAAAUUGCAAAUAACCGAUUUGUUCAGCUGUGGCUGAAAUUUAUUAGAUCUGAUGAGAGAGAGAGAGAGAGAGAGGGAGAGAGAGAGAGAGAGAGACGCGAUUGCUCCUUAUAGCCAAUAGCGCUAGCAGCGCCAGUUUUGGAAUUGGUGAUAAAAGACUUGAUUGUCAUAGGACCACGAGCCUAGUCCGAGAUUCUGUCCCUAUUCUGUACCAGACGAUUCUCUUUGAAAGUUCGAUAGACUAAGCGAUAGACUAACAGACAGUCGAUCGGCUAUGUAGAGAAUAUCGAUGGUUGUAUACCAAAGCGAAGAAACGGUGAACGCGAGAAGUAACCGCGCAGAGACCUAACAUGAGUCCGUCAACGUACUCGUAUGUUCUUAUGUUCCCGCAUGAAUACGCCGAGGACAUUUAGAAAUCGUGCCAUAACGUGGCAUCCGUAUUCCAUUAUGUUUAUAUGUACUUUAUAAAAGAGCAAAUCGACACGACAGCAACAAAAGACGAAUGGUACGAGCAUACAACGAACAUUUUCUCGAUGGAUCCACCGCAGGAUCAUCGUUAACCUAUGCAAACGACGGACCUUCGAAGUAUACGAGAAGAAAAGGAACAAAGUACGAUUGGCUCGAUGUGUUAUUCGAGCUGUGAACAUUUCGUAUCGCACCCCCUAAACGUGUUUUGUACGCUUUUAUAUACAUUAUUAUAGUAUGUACGUACGUAGUAGCCGACUUGAUCGUGAAACCGAUUUCAUAGCUGAUCUAGCAUUUACGUGACCACGGAAACAUCAUGUACAAUCGGGUGUAGAUUACCAUUUCACUUGCACUCAAUUUCACUCCUGAAACUUUUAUGCGCGUCCAUUAUGAACUACGAUCUGAAAUUGUCAUUUCAAAUAUGACGAAAACGUAUUCAUACAGAUGGCAUUCAGUUGCGCUGUUGACUAUUUAAUCUUUUACGCUUGAUCUGUGGUCGAAUGUACACGAUGAAUCAAGACCGUCUUUUUCGAUCUUUUUGUGCCGAAUAUUCUAUCGUUAAUCGCGAAUAUGUACAGAACGCCAUUCGACAUUCAGCUUACUAUUGUACUCGCUACCACUUCUAGGCAAUAUACAUAUAUAGACGUAGGCAACAAAUCAAGCAGUACAGUUGUAUAAAGAAAUUCAUGAGUAUCAUUUCAAUAAAAUUUCAAUUUACCUCUAAGCAAA